CUUGCCAGGCCCAGAGUGACUGAAAUCAACGCUGGUGUUCAGCCCUUCUAAGCGAUAAGCAGUGCUUUCAAGCGAUCGCGCACUGCUAUAGGUACCCAAACAGCCACUGAGCAGAGCCCCGUAACGUUCGGCGCCUUGCAACGCUUGAAACGCCUGCCCACAGAUAAUCUGGGGCAUCUGGCCCAGCGCAAGCGAGACUUCGUACGAGACCAAUAAUGCGUUUCCUCGUGGCUUUAGCCUUGUCCGCCGUCGCUGCCGAUACGAACACGGCGACCCUGGACGGCACGACCUGGAAAGCCAAGACGUGGUCCGGCGCGGCGGCGCGCGGCGGCGACCCGGACCCCUACGACGACGAGUCCACGGUCGAGAUCGCCGGCGGCGAGAUAAGCUGGACCGGCGGCGGGGGCGGCGGCCCCUACGCUAUCGGAAGUCUUCCGGCCACUGCCUCGUCGCCCGACAGCGAGGAGAUCAAGUUUUCGCUCGAUGACGACGGCGACCUCGUCGUCGAGUUCGGCUACGCGUCGCCGGCGACCAUCGUCUACGCGCGGCAAGGCGCGCCGUCGACGGAUGGCUGCCCGGACGCCCUCUGGACCAUCGCGAAGGAGCACAGCUUCGAGGCGAUGCCGGGCGGCCCCGAGCAAAUAGUCGUCGUCGGCGGCACCCAAGGCCUCAACGUCGGCUCCGAUGUCUGUAUCGAGACCAACGCCGACGGGAAGAACGUCGAUGUUCAAGUGUACGAUUUAGCGAUGUCCCUCGACGCCAUCAAGCAGGGCAUCCUUGCCAACCUCGGCGCCGGGGACCUGUGCCUCUGGAGGAAGGACGGCGAGCUGAUGACCGACGGCACGCUGGCCUCGAACGGCGUCGGCCGCGGGCACAACCUCUACGCCGUGCUGCGGGCCACGGCGGCGUCGUCGACGCCGCUGUACGCCUGCCCCGAGUCCGGCACGGUCCCCGUCAACCACGGCGGCGACUUCCCCGGGCGGAUCUCGUGCGGCUGCGAGAAGACGGGCGAGCGCGCGGACGUCACGGCGGAGCCGCUGUGCCGCCUGUGCCGCGCCGACGACUCGGAGUAUUGGUACUACCGCGUCGACGGCGAGUGCAUGUGCGUCGACCGCGACGCGUUCGCGUCGUCGACCGGGUGCCUCGCCCAGGGCACCUGCGCGCCGGACCCGACGUGCGCGCCGACUAUCGACGUCGACGGCACGACUUCCCUGGAAGCGCUCGAGGGCUACGCCUGGGUCGCCAAGGACUGGAGCGGCUCGGCGAAGUGCGGCGGCGACCCCGACCCCUACGACGACGAGAGGAUCAUCAAGAUCGCCCAAAAUACUAUAUAUUUUGUGAACGGCGGUGGGGGCGGCCCGUACUACGGCGUCGAGUCGCUUCCCCACAGCGACCACGCGGGUCACAACGAAGAGAUGGACUUCUAUUUAGUGUCCGAGACGGAGCUCAAGGUGAGAUUUGGGUACAAGAAGCCGGCUUCGAUAAUCUACAAGCGCACGCCCUGGCACGAUGUUGUAGAUGAGGACUGCGACGACGACGUGGGCUUCGUGUGGUGCAUUGUGGUGAUGACCGCGGUGCUGGUGUGCUGCGGCUGCGGCCUGGGCUGCUGCGCGUUCCGGGCCUGCCGCAGGAAGGCGCCGAGGGCGACGCCGAUCAUCGUCGGCCUGCCCGUCGUCGCGGAGGAGGGCCCGGUGGCGUCGCCCAAGGGCGCCAAGGGCCGGGUGACCGUGGUGUCGCCCAAGGGCGCCCGCGUCGGCGUCGUCGCGUACGCGUCCGAGAAGUGAGGACGUCCCUCCUUUGUGUGAUCCCCUUUCCCAUCCCCUUCUCGUAAAUUCGCACUUCUCUGUGAAUUCACUGCUUUGACGCAAGAGCCCGGACGCCAUCGCCGCGAGAGUGCCCCU